AUGAUCGAUUAAUCACAAUAUCAAUUUCAUCAGCACCUCCUUCAAUACCUAUUUCAACUUCUCUGAGACGUGUCUCCAGUGGAAGUUGUCCAGAUGGAAAACCUCCACCAACUGUUUAUCAAAGAAUAAUUUACCAUUUGAUCAAAAUAGAAUCAGAAAGUUAAUACUAUGGAAUUAAUACUAACCAGUAACUCUAGCAACUUUAUGGUCUUUAUCAAGAUCUGCUAAUGCAGCCACUGCAUCUGAAAGUCUCAUGGGAUAAACGCAUACAGCUGCAGUAUGCAAAGAAUCUAUGUGUUUACCAAGAGGAUUUACAGCCUAAAAUCAUUAAUGUUUAUUAUUACAAUAUUACCACAUAAUUUAACACAAUAGAUGGAAUACAUUAAACUACUACAGUUAUGGUUGCAAUCCUAGUAGUCACCUUUUCACAGACAGCUUUAACUUUAAUUGGCGUAUCAUCCCCUCCUAACGUAGUUAAGUCUAUAAAGCCUAUUGCUUUCAUCAACCAAUCUUUUUUAGUAUCUUUUUCCAGUGCAUCAAGUUUAGAACGUAUUGCACAAAAUGUUUCAUCUAUCAUUAAUCGGUCAAAAUUCAUUGUGGCUAAAAGUUAUUCAUUAUUGAUAAGGAAGAUGUAAUUGAAAUACAAAUUAAUUUUAAAUAUGUAGUGAAAUGCUCGUAAUACUGUAAAUAGAAUAUCAAAUUGCAUACCACUGGCCAGUUCUUGGAUAUCCAUUGCAAUAAUGUUAAUUAUAUAUGCUGCAAAAUCCAAAAAGAUAUGUUAUUAUACCUCGAUUGCUACUUAACGACGCGAAAAUGUGCAAACGUUACACAAAAUGGAAAGAAACGGAAAAUAUUCUCCUAUUCGGCAAAUACACUUUUAAUUUAAAAUAUAUAAAUCAGAUCGAUUACACGUGAUUGAAUGUUCAAAUAAAUAUGACUUUAGAUGCUGACAUAUUCAAUGGAAUAUCACGUUUGACAAAUGACCAGGUAACGCGUGUUAACCUUUAUAUUACGUACGAAAAUCCAAUAUAUGUAUGUAUCUACCUCAGAAUAGAACACACACACCAGGAAGUUUAGAAAGAUGGUGCUAAUGUACUCUUAUAUUAACCACAAUGCGUACAGUAGUUCUCUAUUUUAUCUUUUCUUUAUUAAAUUUUUCAAAUAUGCAACUGUUUUUACUUCAUUAUUUAUAAAGAGUGGCAGCACCGAUUAAUAUUGCAGAAAAUUAGAUGGUUUUACAAGUAUUUAAUCGUUGUGAUAAAUUUUGGUACUAUAUUGAGGAGUAUAUAAUGAUGAACUAGAACCAGCAGCUAACGACUUUACUUGACGACAAUCCUGUGAAGUAAAAUAGCAUCAUUAGCAUUUAACCACCUUAUUAAGUAAGAAUAUAAUUGAUGUACCAAAAAUAUUUCAUCUGCACCACAUUCUUCUGCAAUAGUUGAGGAACGUCUAUGGACAUUUGAUCUUACUUCUGCAACCAAGUCUAGUUUGGUACCAAUAACCAGGAUUGGUAUCUGUAAAAAUAUAUAUUAUAUUUAAUGACAUUUUAAAUCAUUAUAUAUGACAUUAAAAUGUUUCUAUUGCCUGAGUAGAUCCCACAAAUUUUUCAGGAUCAAAGUCAUCAAAUGGUUUUGAUUUCAUAUAACUGCCGUCCUUACAUAAAACUUGUUCAAGCCACUUUUGGAGAUUUUGUUGUGACUUUCUGUUAGUUAAAUCAUGGACCAAUAUUAUACCUGCAUUAUUGUAUCAUUGACAGUGCUAAUAAAUAUAUCAAGAACAAUAGAAUUAUUUGGAAUAUAUUCUUACCAGAAUCACCAACAACAACAAUUUUAACUUUAUCUAUCGCUGCCAUUAAUAAUCUUCAUUAAAUCGUACUUGAAGAUGUAUUUGUUCUACCGUUUUACUGUUUGGCAGGUAAUCAUCUGAGAAUUUUGUGUCACGAGUACAUAACCUUACAAAUAAUAGCAGUACAUAAUAAACAAGCGUCAGUCCGAACAGUAUUUUAUCGUUCACAAACGAUUGAUAAAAUUAUGAAUUCUGCGCCUUUAUUUUUUAGUGUUUUUGCGAGAACUCAUGUUUAGUAUUAUGAUGUAUAUUUUAAUAUAUGUACUUUUAUUAAUACUUGUUUAAAAUAUUUUCUGAUAAAGAUAUUAUUUAUAAGAUCUUGAAGCAAUUCCAAUAAUAUUUCAUUGUAUGUAACAACAAGAAAAAUGAGUGGCGAAGAACGACUUGUUACAGAAGUUCCAAGUAGUUUGAAACAAUUAGCACGUUUGGUAGUACGUGGAUUUUAUACAAUAGAGGAUGCAUUAAUUGUUGAUAUGUUAGUUAGAAAUCCUUGUAUGAAAGAAGAUGACAUUUGUGAACUUCUGAAAUUCGAACGUAAAAUGUUAAGAGCUAGAAUAUCCACAUUACGAAACGAUAAAUUCAUACAAGUGAGAUUAAAAAUGGAAACAGGUUCAGAUGGAAAAGCACAGAAAGUGAACUAUUAUUUUAUAAAUUAUAAGACUUUUGUAAAUGUGGUUAAAUAUAAGCUAGACUUAAUGAGGAAGAGAAUGGAAACAGAGGAAAGAGAUGCUACAAGCAGGGCAAGUUUUAAAUGUACAAGUUGUUUAAAAACAUUUACCGACCUCGAGGCAGAUCAAUUGUUUGAUAUGACCAGUGGUGAAUUUAGAUGCACUUAUUGUCGUGAGGUAGUGGAGGAAGAUCAAUCUGCACUUCCAAAAAAAGAUUCAAGGCUUUUGUUGGCCAAGUUUAACGAACAGUUAGAGCCACUUUAUAUUUUACUACGAGAAGUGGAAGGUAUCAAAUUGGCUCCUGAAAUAUUAGAACCAGAACCAGUUGACAUAAACACCAUUAAGGGUAUCGACACAAGGAAACCAAGUAGUCUAAGAGCACCAGGUGAACAAUGGUCUGGUGAAGCUACAAGGUCGUCAGGCUUCAUGGUAGAAGAUACUAGAGUAGAUGUUACUAUCGGUGAUGAAUCCGCCGAUGAUAACGCGGCAAAUAGAAGGAAGGAAAGACCAAUUUGGAUGAUGGAAAGUACAGUUAUCAAUUCUGAUUCACAGCCGGAUGGAGUUAACACACAAGAGAAUAUAUUAGAUAAAGCUGCAGCCACUGCCACUAAUACAACCAUAAUAAAUAAUAAGCAGGGUGAAGAUAUUAUGUCUGUGUUGUUGGCUCAUGAGAAAAAGGGAGGAACGAACGCUGCAGCUGCUAUAAAAUCUGUACUACCUCAAGAAUCUAGUGAUAGCAGUGACAACGAAGAAGUCGCUGAGAUGCAAACGAUCGAUACAGGAGAAGUGGAAACAAUGGAUUCCGAAGAUGAUGAUCUUGUACCAACAGUAACAGUUGCAGGAAAAACCGUUGCAAUCGCAGAUGUGAACGACACAUUGAUUGCAGAAAUGAGUCCAGUAGAAAAGGAAGCAUACAUUCAAGCAUAUCAAGAAUAUUAUUCUCAUAUGUAUGACUAGACAGGAUACAGUCAGCAUUGUUAGAUAUUUAACGAUGCUAUUUAAGACUGAAUGGUUACUAAGAUCCUUGUAAUAUUUUGUAUAGUCAUCAAAUAUAUAAUUUUUUGGGAUUGGUAA